AUGAAGAAACCGAUUCUGGCCAACCUUAAAGUGUUUGGAUGCCACGCGUAUGUUCAAGUGCCUCAAGACAAACGCGCGAAGUUCGACUCCAAGUCAUCACUCUGUCGUUUCCUGGGAUACGCCGAACACCAGAAGUCAUAUCGAUUUGAGGAAGUGUCAACAGGAGCGAUCAAGAUCAGUCGCGAUGCCACAUUCAUGGAAGACAAGUUUGAUGAAGGUCCGCGCAACUACAACGAUGAGUCAAGUGUCGUUGAGUUUGAUGAUCAUGAUGAGGACGAAGAAAAAGAAGGUAAAACUGACGACGACAUGGACUCGAGCGACGAUGACAACGAAGACACCAGGUCUUCGAAGAGCAACAUCAAGAGACACACGCGCACUCAAUCACUUGAGAAAGCUACCGUCAUUCCAAGUCCCAAGCGAAGAACAUACAGAGGUCCGUCGCUUGAGCAUGUUUCAGCGGCUGCAAUGGAUUUUGAAGCAGCGUACAUCAUGGAUUCAGUGGGGGAAACGCCGAUCACGGUCAAGUCGGCUAUGGAAUCAAGCGACUCCGGCAAGUGGAAAGAAGCGUGUGACUCGGAGUUCGAUUCGCUUCAGAGAAACGACACGUGGGAAAUCGUGCCUCUUCCGAAGGUCGCAAGGCCAUCGGGUGCCGAUGGGUUUUUCGUGUAA